ACCCCGGAAGACAACACUAUCAGGGACGAUUUUAGGAUUACAUUCGUGACUAAGCAUGAUACUGCCCUGGGCUUAAACCCCGGAAGACAACACCAUCAGGGGCGUAAGAAGCUCUAAACCGCCUCUCACACUACGCGACACGACACCCAUCAUAUUCCACAUAGAUGUUUUUGGUAUCACCGUUUGUUCCAAAAACCCCAUGUCUGUGUGCAUCCCGCCUCCCUGCGCUCUCAAAUAGAUGGUGCAAGUCAAAAUGUCCAAAUCGUCCGCAGACCCACUGUCUGGUGUCGAAACAGGCUCACAGUCUCACAAUUUUCAGCUGCCAAGGAAGUUGCCAAAGAGGAAGAGUCGUUUCAAACGUUCAGAUGACAGCACAUCCUCUGACACCACCUCCAGCUUCAUCAAAAGACAGGGGUCGGCUGAUUCGUACACCAGUCGACCGUCGGAUUCCGACCUGUCAGCAGAGGAGGACCGCGAGGCGUAUCGGCGCGAAGCCGAGCGCCAGGCCCAGCUCCAGCUCGACAGAGCCAAAUCUAAAGCUGUAGCGUUUGCUGUAAAGACCAAUGUGAGUUACUGUGGGGCUCUAGAUGAGGACUGUCCAGUUCAAGGAGCUGCAAUAAACUUUGAAGCCAAAGACUUCCUCCACAUUAAGGAGAAGUACAAUAAUGAUUGGUGGAUUGGUCGUCUGGUGAAGGAGGGUGCAGACAUCACCUUCAUCCCCAGCCCUCUACGCCUUGAGGCUAUGAGACUCAAACACGAGCAGAAACAAAGGAAAUCCGGGGGGAACUCUACUAGCCUGGGUGACAUGGUGCCAGGGAACUGGAGGACCACGCCGCCAUCUGGUGACAAACUGAAGCAAAAGCAGGAACACAUUCCUCCAUACGAUGUGGUCCCGUCUAUGCGGCCAGUGGUGUUAGUGGGGCCGUCGCUAAAAGGCUAUGAGGUAACGGACAUGAUGCAGAAAGCUCUGUUUGACUUCCUCAAACACAGGUUUGAUGGAAGAAUAUCAAUCACACGUGUCACGGCAGACCUUUCUCUAGCUAAGAGAUCUGUCCUCAACAAGAGACCCAUCAUGGAGAGAUCUAACACACGCUCCAGUCUGGCUGAGGUGCAGAGUGAGAUAGAAAGGAUAUUUGAGCUGGCCAAAACCCUUCAGCUGGUGGUUCUGGAUGCAGACACCAUCAACCACCCAGCCCAGCUCGCCAAGACUUCCCUGGCCCCUAUCAUCGUGUAUGUCAAAGUUUCCUCACCGAAGGUGCUCCAGAGGUUGAUCAAGUCCCGGGGGAAGUCACAGAGUAAACACCUGAAUGUGCAGAUGAUGGCUGGGGACAAGCUGUCUCAAUGCCCCCCUGAUAUGUUUGAUGUCAUUUUGGAUGAGAACCAGUUGGAGGAUGCAUGUGAGCACUUGGCUGAAUACCUUGAGGUCUACUGGCGCGCCACUCAUCUUCCCAGCCCCACCCUCAUCAACCCGCUAUUGGAAGAGGACCAUGUGACCCCGCCCACAACUAUCUCCAGUCUACAGAAUAAGAACCAGUCCCCAGCUCAGCAUGGUAAUGUGGGGGAGAAGAGGAGAUGGGGGGACGAGGCCCAUUCCCCACUGGAGCAAGACAGCCUGAUGCCAUCAGAAGAAGGAAGUGACUCCCUGUCCCGUGGCCUCCGAGGGGGCCCACAUGUACAGAAAGGCGAAGAGGAUGAGGAGGAGGAGCUGGUGGAGGAGUUAGAAGAGGAACUGGACGAGGAGGACGAGGAAGAGUUUGAGUCGCCCUGCAACACCCAAACCUACAGGUACCCCCCUCAGCGCGGACACCAUGGGGGCAUCCACAGCGCCAACGGGCACGAGUCCCAAGACAAGCUGCUGCAGCGUGACGCCCAGCAGGGGCACAAUGAGCGCAACAAUCGCCAACGCAGCCGCCCUUGGCCCCGAGACAACUACUGACAUUUCUUACGUACCCCAACCCCCCCCCCCCCUUGGCCCCGAGACAACUACUGACAUGUCUUACGUACCCCAACCCCCCCCUACUCCUCUGGCCCUGAGACAACUACUGACAUGUCUUACGUACCCCAACCCCCCCCUACUCCUCUGGCCCUGAGACAACUACUGACAUGUCUUACGUACCCCAACCCCCCCCUACUCCUCUGGCCCUGAGACAACUACUGACAUGUCUUACGUACCCCAACCCCCCCCUACUCCUCUGGCCCU